UAGGACCUAGCGACAAACUUUUCCAAUAAUUAAAAUAUAUAUUUCUUAACACACAAAAAUGCAUUUCAGUUCAAACAAGUCGUUCUUCCUGUUUACACUCAGCCCAUGUAUGACAGUACUUAUGAGGUAGAGCUUAUUUUAAAACGCCCAUGUAAAGCGAUAUUGCCACCUAACGUUCGUUAUGUGAACAGUCCAGUGCGCCUGCGCGAUUUACCGGACAAGAUGGCGACCAGCAAUGGUGGAGGAAUGGAAGUGGAUGGGGCAGCCAGCCCCAGUGUUAUGGCAUCAGGGGUCACCGGGAGUGUUUCUGUGGCCUUACACCCUCUGGUUAUCCUCAACAUAUCCGACCACUGGAUACGCAUCCGCUCACAAGAGGGACGACCAAUGCAGGUGAUUGGUGCCCUGAUCGGGAAACAGGAGGGGAGAAACAUCGAGGUGAUGAAUUCUUUUGAGUUGCUGUCUCACACCAUAGAUGACCAGGUGCAUAUUGAUAAGGAGUACUACUACACCAAGGAGGAACAAUUCAAACAGGUCUUCAAAGAAAUGGAGUUCCUGGGUUGGUACACCACAGGCGGCCCCCCUGACCCUUCAGAUAUCCAUAUUCAUAAACAGGUGUGUGAGAUUAUUGAGAGCCCUCUCUUCUUAAAGCUCAACCCAAUGACCAAACACACCGAUCUCCCUGUUAGUGUUUAUGAAUCUGUGAUCGACAUCAUCAACGGCGAGGCCACUAUGCUGUUUGCUGAGCUGACGUACACUCUGGCCACAGAGGAAGCAGAGAGAAUUGGUGUUGACCACGUUGCUCGAAUGACCGCCACCGGUACAGGAGAGAACUCGACAGUUGCUGAACACCUUAUAGCCCAGCACAGUGCAAUAAAGAUGCUGCACAGCCGGGUGAAGAUCAUUCUAGAGUACGUCAAAGCCGUGGAAUCAGGAGAGGUUCCAUUUAACCACGAGAUCCUUCGAGAAGCAAACGCCCUGUGUCACAGACUGCCGGUCCUCAGCACCACAAAAUUCAAAACUGACUUCUAUGAUCAAUGCAAUGACGUGGGCCUCAUGGCUUACUUAGGCACCAUCACCAAGACCUGCAACAGUAUGAACCAGUUCAUCAACAAGUUCAACGUUCUGUACGACAGACAGGGCAUCGGCAGGAGGAUGAGAGGACUCUUCUUUUGAGGAGAAGCAGAGAGACAAACGAGCACUGCAGUUUCUUUUUUUUCUGUUUUUUGUUCCCUUUUUUUUGGUUUCUUUGUAUUUUGGUCAGCUGAAACAAGUUCUUAAAGCGACAGUAGCUUUUCAAACCAGUUUACCAUUUUCAACCACAAGUGUAUCUAAAAGCACUUAAUCACAUCAGACAGUAAGAGAUGCGUACAAACUCUUUCUCCAGUGUGCACAGAAAUGAAUCCACUGUACAUGAACAUUAUAUUAUUUUACCCCCUUUGUUUUAUUGUUUCAUGUUUCUGUAUGUAAUAAAUGAUCUGCUGAUUUUUUUCAUGGGA